UAGCCACUAUACCGUUGCUUGCUGCUCUUGUUCUGUGUGAUGUCGGCGGUCUCGCCUUUGCAGCAGCGAGUUACACGUGGAUUAGACCGGAAUGGCACCACUAACCGAUCCGUUGUAGCCUACUGAUGUGUGCGCACUUACCUCGAGCACUGAGCUUGACGUGAUGGCUCUGCGUAUGUUAACGCAAGAAUUCAUGCAAGUCCCUGUCGUCACCCGGACAUACACUGCAGCGUGCGUGCUUACCACCGCCGCAGUACACCUAGAUAUUAUCUCUCCAUUCCAGCUCUACUUCAACCCAACCCUGAUAAUAAAACACUAUCAAGUAUGGAGACUGAUAACCACUUUCCUGUUUUUUGGCACUCUUGGCUUUGCCUUCUUUUUCAACAUGCUCUUCACCGUCCGGUACUGCCGCAUGCUCGAGGAAGGCUCAUUUCGAGGAAGGACGGCCGACUUUUUCUACAUGUUUCUACUAGGAGGAUCACUGAUCAUUGUGAUCGGGAUGUUUGUGAACCAGCUGUUCUUGGGGCAUGCCUUCACCACCAUGCUGGUGUAUAUUUGGAGCCGGAGGAACCCAUACUUCCGGCUUAACUUUUUCGGGCUCAUUAACUUCCAGGCACCGUACCUGCCAUGGGUGCUGCUGGGAUUCUCACUCAUUCUGGGGAACUCUGUGAUUGUGGACAUUGUAGGUGUCAUUGUUGGUCAUAUUUAUUACUUCCUUGAGGACGUCUUCCCAAACCAAAGAGGUGGAUUCCGCUUGCUGGCUACACCGAGAUUUAUCAAGUACCUGUUUGAGUCGCCACCGGCCGACCCUAACUACAACCCACUACCGGAAGACAGGCCUGGAGGAUUUGACUGGGGGAACAACUGAGCUUGGCAAUUUUCCUCCCUGAAAUAUUGAUGCUGUUGUAGGAAAAUAAAAGAGAAUGUUGUUUUAUCAAUAAAAAAUGCAAAUACCGGCUAUGAACUAAA